AUGUAUCAACACUAUAGAACCUUUCAAGGUAGAAAACUUACUGAUCAGGAAAGAGCCCGUGUUUUGGAAUUUCAAGAGUCUAUACAUUAUUCGCCAAGAUACUCGGAUGAUAACUUUGAAUAUAGACAUGUUAUGCUACCUAAAGCAAUGUUAAAGGUAAUUCCAUCUGACUAUUUCAACUCAGAAGUAGGUACAUUACGUAUAUUGACUGAAGAUGAAUGGAGAGGGCUAGGUAUUACACAAUCUUUAGGAUGGGAACAUUACGAAUGUCAUGCUCCAGAACCUCAUAUAUUAUUAUUUAAAAGACCACUAAACUUUGAAGCAGAAUUGAGAGCAGCACAACAACAACAGUUGCAACAACAACAACAACAGCAGCAAGCAGCAAGUAUGCACAGUGAAGGACAGAAUCAACAAUAA